AUGUUGGAUUGUACACCUGAUGCUAGUCAUCAAGAACAAAUGCCUUUAAUUUUAAGGUGUGUUGAUAAAUGUUCAAAUUCUUAUAAAGUGAAAGAAUUUUAUAUUGAGCUCUUACAAGUUAAUGAUAUUACUGGUCUAGGACUGUUUAAAGUGUUUAAAAAUGUGUUAAUAUCUCAUGAUCUUGACAUAGAUAAUAUUAGGGGACAAGGAUAUGAUAAUGGUUUUAACAUGGAAGAAAAUGUUAAAAGUUUAACUCUUAAAUCAUUAUCUGCCACUCGAUGGGAAAGUCGUGUUGAAAGCAUCAAAGCAAUUAGGUUUCAAAUACUCGAGAUACGUGAAGCAUUACUUGAAGUAGCUGAAGUAGAUGAUGCUGACAAUGACCAUAAACUUCAAAGUGAAGCUAGACCUUUAGCAAAUAAUGAACUUGAUAGUUUUGAAUUUUUGCUUGCUACAAUAAUUUGGUAUGAAAUUUUAUGUGCUGUAAACUUUGUUAGUAAACGAUUACAAUCCCAUGAUAUGCUGAUUGAUAUCGCCAUUGGUGAGAUUAAAGGGUUGAUUUCCUUUUUAAAAAAAUAUAGGAAGAAUGGUUUUUCAAAGGCCAUGGAUAUUGCAAAAAAAUUAGAUAUUGAAAUUGGAAUUGAUCUUUUGCAUUCAAUGGAUGACGAGAAACUUUUAUCUUCUUGUUUUAAUUUUGAAAAUGCUCUUAAGAAAGGUGAGGUUUCUGAUUUUGAUGGAGAUGAUUUAUUUGUUGAGUUAACAUGGUUUAGAGAGUUUUUACCCAAGGAGAAAGUGGGAGCAAUUGAUUUAUCGAAUUUUUUAAAACGAUAUACUUGCUUCCCAAAUGCAACAAUUGCAUAUAGGAUAUUACUAACAAUUCCUAUUACUUUUGCUUCUGCCGAACGGAGUUUUUCAAAGUUGAAGCUGCUAAAGUUGUACUUAAGGACGACAAUGUCACAAGAAAGAUUAAAUCUCGCUUUAACGGCUAUUGAAUCUGAUCUUUUAGAUGAAGACGAUAUGGAGAAUAUCAUCGAUGAUUUUGCUACAAAACAUGCAAGAAGAGCUGCUCUUUUUAAGUGA